CAUCGCCCGUCACGAGCGCAUCAAACAAGCCGGUUAAGAGCCGGCACAGAAGCGCGCCGACUAGUUCUCUCCCGUUAAAGCACAGGUUGUCGAGGGUCAAUCAGAUUAUUGGGUAAAAUGGAUUGUGACGUCAGGGUUUAGGAAGCGUCGCGUUGACUUCACGCAAAGCAGACGAGCGCUUUCCCCGGACGCGAAAGGACCGAGCCGCUCUCCUCCCGCAGACAGGCGCCAGCAUGAGUCCACCGACACCGACCUGAAGGACGAACACAGCAGAAUGGCCGCGUAUCUGGAGAUAGCCGAUGACAGCAAAGGGCACGAACUGAGUCUUUUCUGUGUGCCGAAACACUACGAGGAGGAUUUGGACAGUGUCAUAAUACCCAAUGGCCUCAUUAAGGACAGGACCGAAAGGUUGGCCCGAGAUAUUGUUCGGGACAUGGGAGGGCAUCACAUCGUGGCCCUCUGCGUUCUGAAAGGAGGGUACAAGUUCUUCGCGGACCUGAUGGAUUACAUCAAGACGUUGAAUCAAAACAGCGAUAAGUCUGUGCCGCUGACUGUAGAUUUCAUUAGGCUAAAGAGCUACUCGAACGAUCAGUCUACAAACUGUGUGAAGGUUAUCGGUGGGGAUGAGUUAUCUGCCCUUACUGGCAAAAAUGUGCUCAUAGUAGAGGAUAUUGUAGAGACAGGAAAAACGAUGGAAACGCUGCUCAAGCUAUUAAACGAAUGUCAGCCUAAAAUGGUGAAAGUUGUCAGUUUACUUGUGAAAAGGACUCCCAGGAGCUCAGGAUACCGUCCAGACUAUAUUGGAUUUGAAGUUCCUGACAAGUUCUUAGUGGGAUAUGCUUUAGACUACAACGAAUAUUUCAGGGAUUUGAGUCAUAUCUGUAUUUUAAGUGACAGAGCGAAAGAGAAAUAUAAAGUAUGAUGUGACGCCCAGGUGCUGGACGCAUGAAGACAAAGAUCACUGUGAACUUUUUUUGCUUUGUUUUAUUGUCAAAUUAUUUUUCUACAUGCCGUCUGAAACGAAUAACGAACUCCAUAAAACAUGGAUUCCCAAAGAUCGCACUUAGUGUUGCAGCGAAGAAUGAAUAAGAGCGAAAAUGUCUUGUGUUAUAAUUAGUCGUCUAAUUUUAAUUAUCAUUACUGGCGAAGAUUAUGGGCAGAGUUGCCACUUUUUUUUUUUAUUUUGAACCGAUGCCUUGGAUUAAUUGGUUUUAUGUUGAUUUUAUGUCCAUUCGGCUAAAUCAAGUUUGGUUUAAGAGCUUGCGAAGUUAAUCACUGUUAGCUAGUUAUUCUUAUUUGUUAUAUAUAUCCUCUAGACACUGACUCCAGAUUAUAUCCACGCACCAAAUGUCAUGACGUCUUUGGUACUGAAAUGGAGGUUUUUGAUCACCACAAUAAAAUCACAUUGACAAUGUUA